GGGGGUGCGCACACAGGAGGCGGACCUAUGCUGCGACCCCCACAGCUUUGCUUCAACAUGGUUUUACUAUACCGACCAUUUCCCAAAGCACACUUUCUAGCCGCCGCGCAGGAGACAGAAUAAACGCCUGUGCGUAAAAACUGCCCCUCACCAGGAAAACAUUAAAGAUAAAAGAAACGGAAACAGCUCCUUAUAAUAUCCUGGAACAUCAUUUGGAAUUGGGCAGGAAUCUUCUAAGAACAGCAUUUGAAAUUCAAGAUCUGAAGCCCUCCUCCAUUGAACAAACACAGGCGAUAGAGAACUGGAUAUUUCUGGAAAGAUGGAGCCUGCUAAGUCAGAGAUGAACAUAUUAUCCAACGGGAAAACCCAUGACCUCGGAGAUGACAUGAAUGUGCCAAUGAAGACGUUGUUAGCUGAGGAUCAAAAUGGCACUGAAAAUCUAAGAUUUGAUGACCCAGAAGGAGCGCUUGAGAGUGAAGAGUUUCUUCCCAGCACACAUGGAAAGAAGCCCACAUGUUUUACAGAUUUUGAAGGAAAGACCUCCUUCGGCAUGUCGGUCUUUAACCUUGGCAAUGCCAUUAUGGGCAGCGGCAUCUUAGGAUUGGCAUAUGCCAUGGCUAACACGGGGAUUCUUCUCUUCUUGUUUCUUCUGACUACAGUAGCAGCCUUAUCAUCCUAUUCCAUUCAUCUGCUGCUCAAAUCCUCUGGUAUUGUUGGUAUUCGCUCUUAUGAACAGCUGGGCUACAGGGCUUUUGGUACACCUGGAAAAAUGGCUGCCGGUAUUGCAAUCACUCUGCAGAACAUUGGAGCCAUGUCCAGCUACCUGUACAUAGUUAAAUCAGAACUGCCGCUUGUCAUCCAGGCUUUCCUGAAGGUGGAUCACUACUCUGAUCUGUGGUACUUGAAUGGAAACUACCUGGUCAUCAUGGUCUCUGCCAGCAUCAUCCUGCCCUUAGCUCUGAUGAAACAGCUCGGUUACCUUGGCUACGCCAGUGGCUUUUCUCUCAGCUGCAUGGUGUUCUUUCUGUCUUCAGUAACCUAUAAGAAGUUUCAGAUCCCUUGCCCUUUUGAAGAUUUCUCAGUCAAUAGCACUGUUGCACACCUUGGCUUGAAUGAUUCCAGCCACAUCCAUGGCAGCAGUGAGAGUUUGCUUCAAGAAGACAAUGACUCACACUGCACCCCACGCAUGUUCACCAUCAAUUCACAGACGGCGUAUACAAUCCCAAUUUUGGCUUUUGCCUUUGUUUGCCACCCUGAGGUGCUACCCAUCUACACUGAGCUACGCAAUCCAACAAAGAAGAAGAUGCAAAAGGUUUCCAACGUCUCCAUCCUUGUCAUGUACACCAUGUACUUUCUGGCUGCUCUUUUUGGCUACCUGACUUUUUAUGGUAAAGUGGAGCCAGAGCUACUGCAUACUUACAACCGCAUCGAUCCCUUUGAUGUUCUGAUCUUGUGUGUUCGAGUAGCUGUCCUGACCGCUGUGACACUGACAGUUCCAGUUGUGUUGUUCCCUGUACGCAGGGCCAUCCAAGAGAUGAUUUUCCCCAGCAGGUCCUUCAACUGGUUACGUCACACCAGCAUUGCUUUCCUUCUUCUCACCUUAAUCAACAUGCUGGUGAUAUUUGCUCCUAACAUUUUGGGAAUAUUCGGCAUCAUUGGUGCCACAUCGGCUCCAUGCCUUAUUUUCAUUUUCCCCGCUAUCUUCUACAUCCGCAUCGUUCCCAAGGAGGACGAACCCAUGAACUCCACCUCGAAAAUACUGGCUGCUUGUUUUGCCGCUCUGGGCCUCUCCUUCAUGGUGAUGAGUCUGAGCUUCAUUAUCAUCGACUGGACAUCAGGGAACAGCCUGUCUGCGGGAGGUCACUAACAGCUGUGCUGCCUGCUUCCAUGCACAGAGUUUGGAAGAUAUUUGUUCGAUAUGUUUUAUUGAAAGGAAGUAGAACACAGUACCAGAAAGUCCAGCAUGGAGUCUGGGUUUGCUACAUUACAAAAUACACACUAUAAUAUAUAUACCGGUAACACUAAAUGAAUCAAUAGCUUUAUUAUAUCUCAACAAACAGCUGAACAAAAAUCUUCCCUGUGCUGCAUUUUAUAAUUUAAUUUUUUUUUAUAUCACAGAGUAUUUCAUAUACAUUUUAUUAAAAUGAAACAACAAACUCCACAUGAGAUGGUGAAAUUGCCCUCCUCUGCUGCUAUGGCUUUAAUGAAGCUGGUUCUGUGCAUAUAAAUAAUAACAAAAUAUUUUAAUUCUCCUCAAUGAUACGCACAAGCAGGAGCAGUCAGGUGAUCUUGUGUAAAACCAGAAUCAAUCUUAUCUGCUCAUCAUCAUCAUCAUGUUUGAAUGUUUGUGUGCCAUUCUAAUAAAUAAAUUGCUUUAUGACUAUAGAAAUGAUCGUUUUGCUUUUUGAAAACGUUUACUCUUCAUCGGCAAAAUAGCAGUGCCUUUUAUAGUUUAGAAUGGCAUAAAAACAUUCGAAAAUGUUUAUUUAUUUAGUAAAUAGAGGUGUUGUUAUCUGAUUUAAAAUGAUCUAUAUUUAACUGCUGUGUAUGUUCACAUGCAUUAUACUUGAUUUUUUUUUUAUUUUAUGGUGGUACAAACUAGCAAUAUUUGAUAAUACUAAUAUUUCCUCCCAUUAAAUCUUUUAGCCCAAACAUACUGCGAUAUUGAACAUUUGCUUACUGUAGAGUAUGCUGCUGACCCUUUAGCUGACUAGUGUACAUUAUCUAUCAUUUCAUUUGUUAUUUAUAGGCAUGCCUGGUAAAAGCGGUUAAAAGCCAAAAUCUCAAAUUUACAAAGACUAACAUUUCUCUGUUGUACCCGAAUAGCAUGUAUUUCUGUUUUUCCUAUUAUAAAGAGCGACUGGGCGAAAUUGACCACUGUGUGAAAUUUAUCGUCCAGGAAACAGGUAGUCAUUAAUUAUUAAUUCAUUGUUAAAGAUUUUAUCAAGAUUAAAUGAAUUAACAAUUGUAUCAUGAAUUACAUUCUUUUAACAGGCCAUUACUAUUGAUGUUUUAAAAUCAAACAAUCUUCCUUAUCCAAUAAAUAUACACAAAUUGAUUCAUUUAAAUAUUUAUCAAUCAUUCUGCAUUGGUUAUACAAACUGAAUUGACUUUUUUUUUUUUAUUUAAAAACAUGUUUUACAGCUUUAAGGUCACAGUAAAUAUGCAGGUUACCAUGAUUUUCAGACUACCGUACCGGUGUCACUGAUGUCACUGCUAUCUGAAUACUAGAAUAGACCAAGACUCAUAAGGUUAAAAUUUUAAAGUCAUUUUACCAGAAAAGUUUAAGUGGCUCUUAUAUUAUGAACUCCUCCAACUUUCUGUAUUAUUGUUGUCUAAACUCAUAUUUUAUAGCAUUGUAUAUAUACAUACAUAUAUAUUAAGUAACUUAACAGAAGCUGUCUGCAUGUUUAUGAACAACAAGGUAGAUGUCCUGAUUUGAAAUAGUGUCUGGCCUUCAGCAGCUAAUUUGAUGAAGUGUGCCUUUGUGCUGCUGCUGCAGAGUUUUUAUGGUACUGGAUAGUAACGCUUUAAAAAGUCUUUUUAAACACUUAGAUCUGCAUUUCCUGCCUUGCAUGAUGUUAUUACCCUAUAUGGUGAACUGCAAAGUAACCUUUUCAUUCUUUGCAGUAAUGUAUGUUAAUUAAGUUUUACUGAAAAGCUUUUAAGGUUCAGUCUGUGCUGUAGUAUGAUGAUGACAAUGAAAAAUAUAUAUAUUUUAUAUUUUAUGUUUUUCACAAAUUGUUAUUCAGAGACAUUCUGAACCCACAAAGCAUUACAAUAAUAAACUUUAGGUUUUACAAUUAAUGAAACAAUCUUUAUACAUUUACAACCAAAACAAUGUUAUUUGCAUAACAGGGCAGAGUUUUACCACAGAUUUAAGUCAGAAAAUAGAAAUUCUGUGUCCUCAAAAUAUUUUCCCCGUUACUGCCAAUUGUUAUUUUUUUUAUUUUAAUCUUAUUUUGACUGACUUGUAUAUUAAAUCUUUGAACUCAAAAAAAUCAAGUAUAAUAAAGCUGAUUUGAAAUACAUAUAGAUUACCAGAUAAUGAAGUAGUUAAAAAAAAUAAAAUAAAAGAGGAAUUGCAACUAACCUAAAUUUGCUCAGAUAAUGCACCACAUGACUUCAAUGUAGUUUAGUUUUUGGUUAAUUAUUUGUUGAUUUGAUACCCCUUAACCUAAUGAGAAGCCAUCCAUCCAUCCAUCCAUCCAUCCAUCCAUCCAUCCAUCCAUCCAUCCAUCCAUCCAUCCAUCCAUCCAUCCAUCCAUCCAUCCAUCCAUCCAUCCAUCCAUCCAUCCAUCCAUCCAUCCAUCCAUCCAAGCAAACUGUUUAGACAGUCAACACCUACAGUUAAUAAAAACAUAACUUUCAACGUUGAAUAAAAAGUAAACUAUGUUUAAUGCCUGCUCAAAAGUUAUUUAAAAAUGUUCAUUAAUAUGACAAGCCCUAUCAUAGAACAUUGUCUAAUUGAACAAAUACGACUGUGUGUUUAUUUUUGACUUUUCUUAAUGUUUUCUAUGUUUCCUGUUUAAAUGCCACUCAUAUAGUGGUGUUUAUGUUAACAGGAAAUUCUGUAAUAUGUUUUCCUCUUCUUUGUCUUUGGUACCUUACCUUUUUUUUCUUUUCCUUUAGAUGUGAUAUAAUCCCCCGUUUGCGUUGCCUUGCUUUAUUUAAUGUUUUUGUGAUCACCACAGAGUGAUGCCAAAAAUGACAACUGACUACCUACUGAUUUGAAAAUGUAUUUAAACUGGCUUAGCAGUUUUAACAAUAGUCAAUAUUAUAGUACAAACAAUUGAGUUGUCUUUAAAAAUGUGUGUGUGAGAUAUUACGCUUCAGUAUCUUAAACAACAAAAACUAAAGCAGAAAUUUAUAUAAAUAUUGUAUAUAAAUGUAAACAUUUUAUAUUUGUGAUGCUUAUUUACAGUAGCUUGUAAAGUGUAAAUAGUUGGGACAGUUUUAGUUUGGAAAUAAAAUAAUUGUAGAUGUUA